AUGUCCAUGUCCAUGUUCAUGUCCAUGUUCAUGUCCAAAAAAGCUUACCCCUCUGUCCAAGCCAACGACCUGAUGGUCCUGGAGACGCCGCUCCUUCGAGUGAGCAGGCCUGUCGCCGCCUGCUCGCGCUGUCGAGCCGCCAAAGUCAAGUGUGAUGGCAAGCUGCCAGCCUGCACUGCCUGUGAGAAGUCGAACCGCGCUUCAGAGUGCUCAAGCACAAACGACCAGUUUGCACGAGGCAAGGAGCGCAGUUAUGUCGCCACCCUCGAGGCACGUGUCGAGCGCCUCGAGAAGACCAUCUCAGAGUCGAAAAACAGGAGGAAGUCGUCCACGGUCUUGAUGCUGGAUGCCUCCGACACCUCCACCCCCCGCAGAGCCUCAGUCGAUACCCUCAAGCCUACCAGACCCAUCAGCAAGCGCGCGGCACGGCGAAAAGAAGCUUCUCAGAUCGACGAGCUCGUCUCGGAUUUCGGUCUCCUUGCCGUCAAUGCCACAGCCCGAGACUUCUACGGCUUCACCACCCAAAUGUCGUACGCCAGAUUGAUCCUGUCAGCCGCCACAAAGGAGGCCCUCCCAACCGGCCUGACCAAAGCACUGCCAGCCAAGUAUGCGGCAACCCCACUGAUCCAGCACUACCUCAACAACAUCUUUGCACUCCUACCCGUCUUUGAAGAAGCCGCUCUCUAUGCCUCGAUAGAUGCCAUCUACCACCAGACUGACGUUGCGACGCCUUGGGAUAAAUGCAUCGUACGCAUGGUCCUGGCCAUUGCCUGCUUGUCGCAGUCCGAACAGCGAGGCGACACUCACUACGCAGAUGCUGUCGGCCACGUGAAUGCUGCACUCGAAAACGCCGAAGACGUCCUGCAUCCCGGCUACGUGACAAACGUCCAGGCGCUCGUGCUCUUCACCAUCUACGCUACCAUGGAUCCCCACCAUUUUGACAGCUGGACCCUCAUCGGAGCAGCCUCCAGAGCCAUGAUCGACCUGGGCAUUCACCAGGACCCUUCCCGAAACGUCGCGGUUGCCCGUGGCAAACUCGAGGUGCGACGGCGCGUCUAUUGGUGUGUCUACGCACUCGAUCGCUCCACCUCACUCGUACAGACGAGAGCUUUCUCUUUCUCGGAUGAAGCAACCAACGUAUCGUUCCCGUUCGACAAUGCCGCCACCUCCCCACGAUACGCCUCGCCCCAAGCUGUCGUCUUUUUGCAGAACUUCGACUGCGCCCUCGACCUCUUCAGGAUCCGUGAGAUCCAGUCGGAGUGGUACAUGGAUCUCUUCCAGUCUGGACGUGAACCGUGGCAGGGCGCUUAUCCUUACAUCUGGAAGCAGUACGCGAGAAUGACCGAGUGGUUCCAGGACAUGCCGCAAAGCACCCCGCCAGCGGUCAAGUCCCACUUCGAGCUGGACUUGCUCUACAGCUACGUCUACAUCUUAUCGCCGAGUCCGCGCAUGCCCCACAUCGAUGAGUAUGCCCAGCGACUCAUAUUCGAGCAUUGCAUCGCCUACUCGAUCAACCUGCUCGCGCUGCUCAACCAGCCUUCGUCCACCACCAGGCCGCCGGUCACCUUCCACGAUGCCAUGCGAGCGUACAUGACUGGCAGACAGUUCGUCGAUGUCCUGUCACGCAACAUGGACGCGAUCCUCAACCCCAUUCCACCAUCUCCUCUACCGACGACGACCCCGCCCGUGGCCUCUGACGACCCGCUCGCUCCUCCUGCACAGGUCGGACCACCGCCGUUUCCCACACCCCUCGUGCCCGAGGGACAAAUCACACCUCUAGACCCAACCGUGCGAGCCAUCAAUGCACUCAACGACUUUACGCAGAUUCUCUCCAACUUUGGCCUCCGUUUCGGUUUCACGCACUGGCGAGAUCGCUUCCAACGAGAGUCUGCUGCUCUUUCGGCGCAGCUGUAUCAGCGCAAGUCAACGUCGCCGCAUACGUCCCCACCACCACGUCAGCUGCCCACAACCGCGUAUCCCCCACAGUGGGUGCCUAUGCCGUCUGUCUCGCCGCACACGCCUGGCCUCGUGUAUCCCGGUCCAACGACGCCUCCCUCUCUGUUCCCACAGCAGACCAGUCCAUUUUCCGGCUCCAUGUCCUAUCCGUUCGAUGCAACCCAAAGCCCGUACCAACGGACACUUUCUUACGACGCCCAAGGGCAGCAACAGCAUCCCAUGUACACGACGCCUUCUCCCCAGCCGAUUCCUGACAUGCCACAGCCUACUGAUGGGAAGCGCCGAGCGAUGGUCUAUGGACCGGGCCUAUCCCGGCAGCACUCGGGGGGACAGGGCCAAGAAAAUGGUGUUGCACACUCGCAGGAAAAUACUCACUGGCCACAUUGCAGGCAAGUGCAGCACCAGCAAGCGCCAGAUAAUUCUUGGGUCGAGAGCUCCCAUGACGGCGGUGCGGUGCAGUGGGACCAAAGCACCAGUCAGGGCAACUGGGGAUGA